AUGCAGCUGCCAUCCUUGGGGAUCUUUGUAAAGCACCAACACACACCCAUUGUCAAGGCCAAUAACCACACCCUCAGCUACAUGCUGCUCAUCUCACUCCUCCUCUGCUUCCUCUGCUCCUUCCUCUUCAUUGGCCGUCCCAACACAGCCACCUGCCUCCUAAGACAAGUCACAUUUGCCCUGGUGUUCACACUGGCUGUUUCUGCCGUGCUGGCCAAAACCAUCACUGUGGUUCUGGCCUUCAAGGCCAUGAAACCUGGAAGGACCAUGAGGCGAUUGCUGGUGUCAGGAGCCCCAAACGCUGUCAUUCCCAUCUGCUUCCUCAUCCAACUGACUCUCUGUGGCAUCUGGCUGGCAACAUCUCCUCCCUUUGUGGACACAGAUGCACACUCUGAGCAUGGACACAUCAUCCUCUUGUGCAACGAGGGCUCCAUCACUGCCUUCUACUGUGUGCUGGGCUUCCUGGGCUCGUUGGCCCUGGGCACCUUCACUGUGGCUUUCCUUGCCAGGAAGCUGCCUGACACGUUCAAUGAAGCCAAGUUCCUGACGUUCAGCAUGCUGGUGUUCUGCAGUGUGUGGGUGACCUUCCUGCCUGUGUACCAGAGCACCAAGGGGAAGGUCAUGGUGGCCGUGGAGGUCUUCUCCAUCUUGGCCUCCGGUGCUGGUCUCCUGGGCUGCAUCUUUGUCCCCAAAUGCUACAUCAUUCUCCUACUGCCUGAGAAGAGUUCUCUGAAAGCAUUCAGGAAUACUCGUGUUAGGAAUAUCUCCUAA